CUAGGACCCCGCUUCCCGGGGCCGGGCCGCCCCGCCGGGCGAGCCCCGCCCCUGCGGCCUCCCCCGCUCUCUACUGGCCGAGGCGCGGUUCCGUCAGUCGCCGUCGCCAUGCGGAUGCCCCCGCCGACACCCUGAGGGAGGAGCGGGGCCGCCAUGGGGGCGGGCCGGGACGUGGGGGGGCACCCGGCCGCACCGGGAUCCGCACCGGGACCCGCACCGGGGCCAGCACCGAUGCACGGCGCGGAGGAGACGGCGGCGGCGAAGGGGCCGCGGGUGAGCGCGGCGAGCACGCAGACCGACAGCAUGGCCGGUCAAAUGCCAAGACUUUCUAAGGUAAAUCUUUUUACUUUGUUCAGUCUCUGGAUGGAGCUCUUUCCCUCGACUGAGCAACAGAAAAAAACACAGGUAAAGAAGAGUGGUCUAGUUGUGGUGAAAAACAUGAAGAUUGUUGGUCUCCAUUGUUCCAGCGCAGACCUGCACGCUGGCCAGAUUGCACUUAUUAAACACGGGUCAAGGCUGAAAAACUGCGAUCUUUAUUUUUCCAGAAAGCCGUGUUCGACGUGUUUAAAGAUGAUUGUGAAUGCUGGGGUGAACAGGAUUUCUUACUGGCCUGCAGAUCCCGAAAUCAGCUUGCAGAAUGAGGCCUCCAAUCCCAUGGCGACCGGUGAUGCAAAGUUAGAUGCCAAAGCAGUGGAAAGACUGAAGUCAAAUAGCCGUGCUCGUGUGUGUGUGUUGCUUCAGCCUUUGGUGUGCUACAUGGUGCAAUUUGUGGAAGAAACUUCCACCAAGUUUGAUUUUAUCCAAAAAAUUGCAAAAUCUCAGCCUGACUUUAAUACUGACUUUUACACUGCAAGUAGACAAGAGAGAAUAAAAGAGUAUGAAAGUGUAUUCCUGAUUUCAAAUGAGGAAACGCACAAGCAAAUCCUGAUGACAAUGGGACUGGAGAACCUCUGUGAGAAUCCCUACUUCGGCAACCUGAGGCAAAACAUGAAAGACCUCGUCUUGGUCUUGGCGACGGUGGCUGCCAGCGUCCCUGUCUUUGAAUGUUUUGGGUUUUACAACAGUGAAUCACAACGAGCAAACGAAACAGACCAUCAGGGUUUGCCCCAAGAGAUUGCAAGGCACUGCAUGGUACAAGCCAGGCUGCUUGCAUACCGGACAGAGGAUCAUAAAACAGGAGUUGGAGCUAUUAUUUGGGCAGAAGAAAAAACAAGAAGCUGUGAUGGAACAGGAGCGAUGUAUUUCGUAGGCUGUGGUUACAAUGCCUUUCCUGUGGGAUCUGAAUAUGCUGAUUUUCCACACAUGGACGAUAAACAAAAGGAUCGGGAGAUCAGGAAGUUCAGAUACAUUAUACAUGCAGAGCAGAACGCCUUGACAUUCAGGUGUCGAGAAAUAAAGCCAGAUGAGAGAAGCAUGAUCUUUGUGACAAAAUGCCCGUGUGAUGAAUGUGUCCCUUUAAUCAAAGGGGCUGGUAUCAAGCAGAUCUAUGCAGGAGAUAUUGAUUCUGGAAAAAACAAAGCAGACAUAUCCUAUAUGAAGUUUGGUGAACUUGAGGGUGUAAGCAAAUUUACAUGGCAACUAAAUCCACUGCACACUAAGGCCCUUGAAUUCCAUGACUCCACAGCCAGGGAAAAUGGGGUCCAGAAAACAAAGUCACUAGAUGACCAGCAGCACCAAAACAAGAAACUGUGUCUUGGCCACUACUGAAUAAUCAAGCACUUCUGCAGUCUUGCUCUGUACUUUUUAUAAUGCAGCCUGUUUGCACUUUCAGAUAAGGAAGAGUUUUAUUUAUUGUUUGGAAAGUGAUUUUUAGAAUAAGUUUAUUUAUGUUGUCUUAAAUGUUUUACAGAAUUACCUGAGGGUCUUUUUAACUGAGAAGUUCCUGGGGGAAAAACGCUGCUUGUAUUUUCCAUGAAAGUAACUGGGUUAAUUGUUAACACAUUAAAAAAAAAUACUGAAAGCUUGUUGCUGGUAGAUCAGAGGAAUAAUAAAAUGGUAUCUUUUUUGCUUGGUGUAGGAUUGAGGGAAUAGCUUUCUGAAUUCUGGGCUAGCAGAAUGCAGAAGUAAGCCCUCGUUCUUCAAGUACGAUUGGCAUGGGCAUCUUCUAGGAAAUAGCAGAUGAAUAAUCACUAGCAGUUAUUCCUGUUCCUGACAGUGGCUUUUGCUUCUCAGUCUGCUUGUACAAAGGAGAGGAGGGUGUUGGGGUGGCUGUGGUUGCUGGGGGGUGAUGUGGGGUUCAGGUUUGUCUCUCCCCAGAGCUCAAGCCCUGUGCCAAGGGCCACAGCACAGGUGAGCUGCUGCUGCUCCCCCAGCACAGCCCGGAGGCAGCCCACAGAGAUCAGCUUUGCUUCUCCUCGGCUUCUGGGUGCAGGCCUCAAAGAAUUUGGUUGUGUGCAUCUCACUGGCCCCUGCAUACUGUGUGAAGAUUGCCAGUGUUUAGGGUUUGUUCAUCUUCACUAACAGGCUUCAGAAGCUAUGAAGUGCCAGAUGCCCCGUUGUUUCCUAGAUAGGAUGUACCAGUGGAAUAGCCUGAAUCUUUUCAGGUGCCAGUCUCUUGGAGGACUGCACCUGGAGCCAGGGUGACAUUCCAACAGCCAGUGAAACUGCAGUCUAAUGUUGUGAGUUUUGAGGGGAGGCUGGGUAGGUAAAGGGUAACCAGAGGUUGCUUCCUUACCCCUGUUUGCUGCUCUGUACAUGACCUCUAGCUGUUUGGUCUAGCAGACGUUGCAAGACUUUCUGUUCACUCCUCUGCUGAGCUUUCAAGUGCAAACACCUGAAACCAUUUUGUGCUGCUGGUAGGAUAGAUAAAUGACAUUUUUCAGUUCUUUCUUCUUGUCUUUGUUGUCCUGCUUAAAGUCCUGGAAGGGGAAUUAUUUCUUAAGGUUUUUGUGGAGCCUCUGGUGGCUUUCAAGACAAGUCCCUGUGUGACCUGAUUGAGGGGAACCCGCUUUGGCAGGGAGUUCUCUAGGUCCCCACCAUUCUGUGAUUCUGUGAAGACGCUGGUGUAGGAUCUGUUUGUUUCUUUUAGGCUUUGAAAAAGGUUGGAACUGGACAGCAAAGCUGGAAUUGGAUAGUGUGCAAAGCAUCCUUACUGUGGCAUUAGCUAUACAGAGUUUGUUCUCACUCACUUUGACUAGUGGUCCUGUAACUUAAGGUACAGUUGAUGAUGACUGGAGCAGCAGAAAGGAGCUGCAGUUCCCCAUGGCUCACGGUGUAACUUCGUUCAUGAGCACCUGGCCUUUAGAACUGGGAAAGGCUUAUAUCCUCUCCCCACCACAGGAAUGGAGCUGGAGAAGCUGCUAUUUCUCUGAGCCCAGUUGGCGUGAAGGCUACUCUGGGGCUGCAGGCUGAGUGCUGUGUGCACAGCAUAAGCCUCACCAGGCAACUGGCUGACCUCCCCCCACACUGCUGUGGCUCAGCAGGGUGUGAACAGCCUUUGUUUCCCUGGACCAGGUGGUGAACGAAGGAGAAAAAUCUGACUGUGUUUGUCAGCUAAGGGAAGGAUGGUGAGGUCCAGUUUUGCACCACACCACAAAAGAGUGCUUGUUUACAGUAGCUUGCCAGGACACUGCUGAACUGCCACUUCACUGAGUUUUGUAAUCUUGUGUGGAGGAACCCAGGUCCCAAACUUAGGGCCAGCAGAUCCAGCUGCAAGAGCUCUGUGCCUCACCUGUCAGAUCGAGUUCAGGGCCUUGGGGAUCAAGUUAUUAAUCUGGAUGCUGUACAAAGCUUAGAAAGAUGGGGGUUUCCACCUCUCAUGAGGGAUUAUAUAAUGUCAUUGCUUGUAAAUUCCAUGUGAAGUUGAAGUCAAAUGUUGGUGUUUCAUAAGCAAGAUUAUAAUCUGGGUUUAAAUCAUCAAUAUUUUACUUUGGCAUGUUUCCCCUCCACCCACUUAUAAGCAUCUUGUGUUAGAGUAAUUACCCUGGCUUUUUCUACAGAUCAGAACAACUGUCCAGAUUAGAAGUCUACCCCAUUCCACCCACUGAAACCUUGUUUCCAUAAUCCAUUGACAGUGCUCUUCUAUUUGAGGUAGGAGCAGGGAAAAUACAGGGACAGAAUUAAGGCCUCUUCAGGUUUUAUACUGAUGAGUCAGCUGCUAUCCGUAAAGAAGUCUGUGUCUUCAUAGGAACAGCUCAAGUCAAACAGUGCCGGAAACAUCAGAGGUGGCUACGUGGAGAAGUAAAUGUAGUCAAAUAUCACAUAUGUUCAAUGGCUGCAGGGCAGUGAAUGCUGCUGUAACCUGCACUUCAUGGGGAGUUCAGAUUCUACCUUCACUUUUUAUUGUUUCUUCUUAAAGAGGAUUUUGGUACAAAACUUUCUGCGAAGCUUGGAGUGGCUUGUAAGGCUGAGGGCUCGCAGCUCUGCCUUUGGUUCUGUCCCACCAGGUUUCUGCAGAAGCUCACAAAUUUCUUUAGGCUCUCAUUAUCAGCAUAACCCUACUCUGAUUGUUACUGGGAUUACAAUGUAGAGUGUUCAUCCUGGCCAACAGUGUGAAUAGGGUUUGUCUCUCAACCUGUGGACUCUGUGGGCGCUGCUGUACACAUCUUGUGCUUGCCAGGGAGAGCCACGGAAGACCAGACAUCUCCUGCAGUGCUUAUUUUGCAAAUGAACUCUAGGAUGUUUGUUUCUUACAUAAAAACUGUAAUGUAUUUAAAAUGAAGAAGGGUAAGAGUUAUAUAUUUUAUAUACUGUAUGAAAUUUCCAUAUGCUUUUUGGGUCUCUUCCAAUUCGCCUCAGAGCAGUCAUUUGAAUUGCAGGUAUUAACUGUGCCUAAUCACUCGGCCUCUUGACUGAGAAUUACAGAAAUUCCCUGUUAAUUGUCUGCCUUAAAGCAAAACAUGCUUUCUGCUAAUAAAUUAAUCUGACAGUAAGUACCGAA